AUGCACCUAUCACACGCUGUGUUCGCGCUAGCGGACCGUUCGCUCGACACAUUGAGCAUGAUGUUUUCGACGACGUUCGUCGACUUCAUCCGAUCCAUCGAGAAGGAGUGGGAUACCCUCAUAGACGCCAUUGCGAGCGGCCAGCUCCCUUGCUUUCCCAAUACCGAGCAUAUAUACCACGCCAUCGCACCCAUCUUCCGAGGAGAUGCCGAUCGCGCAGGCGAGCUACGCAAGAUUGGUCCUCCAUCGCAGACGGCGAGCGGGUGGGCGAAGCUCGUCUGGCCCAACCUGGACCUUUUAUGUUCAGUGUGUACAGGAGGCUUUGGGCGGGUUCUUCCUCAGGUCAGAGGAUACCUCGGUUCGGACGUCGCCAUCCGGAACCCGACAUAUACCUCGACGGAAUGCACGAUGGGGAUAGCAUAUGAUAGUGACCCGUUACGUCACUACAAGAUUCUCACAGAUAACUACAUCGAGUUUCUUGAGAUUAUGGAAGACGGGGAAGACGGAGAACUUCGAGCACUGUGGGAGACACAGAGUGGUCAAUUGUACGAACCGUUUCUGACGACCCGAGAUGGUCUCUGGAGGUACCGCACACAGGAUGCCGUAGAGGUCAAAGGCUUCUCGUCGGCGGAUGGGGCGCCCGUCAUUGAGUAUCAGAAGCGACGAAACCAAUCGCUACGCCUCUCGCACACCCUGAUCACAGAAGCAGAUGUCAUGGCUUCAGUCGCUAGCAUCGAGAAAUUCGACCAAGCCGAGUUCACAACGUGGCUCGACGACCGGAUCAUCCCGCCUACCAUUGGCUUCUUCGUUGAACUCAACAUCGACAAUGUUAAUGGUGCGCAAUUGCCAACCUCAACCGACCUUUCGACAGCACCGCUGAUCUUUGCGGAUGGCACCAGUGAAUAUAGGUCGAGCUGGCCGACCGUGCGGAUCGUCGCACCGGGCACGUUCACCGGGUUCAGGCUCUGGAAAGGGCGCGUGAACGGCGCGGGGUGCUCGCAGGUGAAGGUACCAACAAUCAUGACGGACGAGAAGGCGCAGGCGUUCGUGCUGGAGAGGGUUGUGAUGGAGCUAGAGUGA